CAGUAAGUGGAGGGAUGCUCUGAAGAGGUGUACAAGAAGUAAGGUUUUUAUAGGGAUGAGGGUGGGGCAAGAGAAUUAUAAACAAAGGAAGAGAAAGGAUUGUUCAAGGCAAGGUCACUUUCUCUUGGUGCGGGUGGUGGAAGAGCAGGGAUUCUUCUGCAGGUUACCUCAUCUUUAGGGGCUUGGAGAGGGCCACGUGACAGUCUUAGUGGCACCUAUCUGAAAAUUCCUGACUGACCAGUUAAGAUUACAUUUCUGGGAAAGGGUGAUAUUGCAAUUAGAUAUUAAGUCCUAGUUUACGGACUUGGGGCCUUAACUGAACUGAUGCCAUUUUGGGCCUGCGUUUUUAAUUAGUUUUUUUUUUUUUUAACACAAUAGAGAUGUAAUUUUUUUCCCAUCUAAGUUACCAGACCCUCUGUAUUGUACCAUAGAAACCUUGGGGAUCUGUGUACUGGAAGCACUGUGUUAGAGUAUGUAGCUAGGAAUGGAAUUGCUGGGUCAUAAGAUACGUACCAUAUUCAUCUCUACUAAACAAUGACAAACCAUCUUACAAAUUCAUGCCCUUACUCAUAGUGUAUGGGUUUUUUUCUGGCCAAUUUGUCCAUUUGGUCUGAUGAGUAUGAAGAUGCAUUUUUACACCUUACAUAAGAAAUAGGUAUCAAGUAAAGGCUGGAGGAAAUUAUACGUGUGCAAAGGCAAUAACCCACUUGAUGGUGUUCCUACAUCGUUUUGUCCAAAGGUCCAGCUCAUGCAGCUCUGCAGAAGGAAGCAGGAGAGAUCCAUCCAGUGCUGUCUGAACUGGUCUUGCUGGAGAAGCCUGGAAAAGAAGAGCAAGGCGGUAUCAAAACAGCCUCAGAUAAUAGGUGACCUUUGGUGUUGGCUUCCUGCAGAAUCCAGAGAAACAGACCUGCUCAGCGGGAUGGACGGCAAAGGCUCCUACCAGGUGAAGGGCUGGAAGCUCACACAGCAGCAGUUUGUGGCCCUUCUGUGGAAGAGGCUGCUGAUUGCCAGAUGGAGUCGGAAGGGAUUCUUUGCUCAGAUCGUCCUGCCAGCUGUGUUUGUCUGCAUUGCCCUGGUGUUUAGCUUGAUCGUGCCCCCCUUUGGCAAGUACCCCAGCCUGGAACUUCAGCCUUGGAUGUAUAACGAACAGUACACAUUUGUCAGAAACAUGCCCUGCUCUGUGGGGGAGGAGGAGUGGACCACCGCCCCGGUCCCCCAGACCAUCGUGGACCUCUUCCAAAAUGGGAACUGGACGAUGGAGAACCCCUCACCCACCUGCCAGUGUAGCAGUGACAAAAUCAAGAAGAUGUUGCCGGUGUGUCCCCUGGGGGCAGGGGGGCUGCCUCCUCCACAGGAGGAGCAUGUCAUGGACAUCCUUGUGUCCAUCUGUGUCAUCUUUGAGAUGUUCUUCGUCUCAGCCAUCUCUGUUGUGUUCCUGAUCCAGGAGUGGGUCCGUGAGGUAGAGCACGGGCAGUUCAUCAGCAGAGUGUAGACUGUCACAUACUGGCUCUCCAGUUUUGUGUGGGACAUGAGAGAGUACAAACAGGGGAAGCAGCAGGGAGAGGGAGAAACAGGCUCCCGC